AGAAGUCGAGGGGCGGCAGGAGCCCUGAGGCCUUCGGCGGCGGGGACGGGCGCCGCCCGCGGAGGGAGGGGCCGCCGGGCGCCAUGUCGUUCACGGAGUUCGAGAUCGACGGAAGGCUGAAGGACCCCGAGCAGCAGGAGAAGCUCGAGCUCCGCGAGGAGGAGCUGCGCCAGGCGCACGGCAAAUACCUCCAGAAGCACCCAGAGCUCCGGCAGGUUCUGAACGACUUCAUGUCCUCGGUGCUGCUGCACAGGCCCGACCAGGUCUUCGACUUCGCGAAGGAGUACUUCUCCGCCUUCAAGCAGUCGGACAGCGACGCUGCACAGGAGCAGCAGACAGGGGACGCCCCCGACGCUGCGCCAGAGGAGGCGGCCGCGCCGCCGCAGUGAGGCCCGCCGCUGCCGUGUCUCACCCCGCCGCCUGUCCGUCCAGGGGCGGCGCCCGCGCCCUGGUCUCUGAAACAACGGAAAAAGGCAACCACCCCAGACCACGCAGGAGAAAGCGGCGCCUUCUUCCCGCCAGGGAGCCGCCUUGCGGCGCGCGGGGAGCGAACGGCCCCCCCGCGCCAAGCGGGCCGCCCGGCGGCCGCGGCCGGUGCCUGCCGCUGUUGCGGCAGCGCGGCCGGCGCCGCGCCUCGGACGUCUGGCUCUGCGCCGCCCGCGGGGUCAACAAAA